AUGAAUUAAUUCCCACCUCAUAUCCAGGGCGUUAAUGGAGCUGUGCGGUCCCAACAUGAGCAAGGGUGGAGGCUCCCUCUGCCAGGUGAAGCAGCUUCCCUGCCAGGGCAUUUCCCUUUGCCGCCUCCAGGCCAGCGGGCAGGCCCCGCACAACCUCUCCCCUCACACCCACCCGUACCGGGUCAACCAGGUGUCCCCGGCCCUCCGGCGGCGGCCGAGCGGAGCUGCGGCCUCCCGCUGUGGCAGCAUGGAGUGCGAGCCAUCCAAAACGGGCCAGUUGGGUUCAUCUUCUCGGACAGUGCUGGUGACCGGAGGUGGUGGAUACUUCGGCUUCAGGCUGGGGAGGGCGCUGGCUGCUCAGGGGAUGUCUGUGAUCCUCCUGGACAUCAACAAACCUUCAUGGGAAAUCCCUGACGGAGCGCUCUUCUAUCAGAGCGACAUCCGGGAUUAUUCGUCACUCUACAACGUUUGUGAUGGCGUCGACUGUGUGUUCCACUCGGCAUCUUAUGGCAUGUCUGGCCCCGAACAGCUGAGGAAAGAGCAGGUGGAGUCCAUCAACGUGGGCGGGACGAAUAAUGUCAUAAAUGUGUGCAAAGAAAGGAGCAUCCCCCGGCUGGUAUACACCAGCACCACCAAUGCAGUAUUCGCAGGGGAGCCCAUCGAGGAUGGCGACGAGGCAUCCGUCCCCUGCGUGGCCCCCGCAGUGCACAUUGAUCACUACUCAAGGACGAAAGCUAUAGCGGAGCAGAUGGUCCUCUCCGCCAACGGAUGCUCUCUCAACGGUGGCGGUGUGAUGAGAACCUGUGUCCUGCGGCCUUGCGGCAUCUACGGCCCCGGAGAGCGCCGACACCUACACAGGGUGAUGGUGAACGUGGAGCGUCGCUUUUUCAGUUUCCGAUUCGGCGAUCGGCGGGCCAGGAUGAACUGGGUGCACGUGGACAACCUGGUGCUGGCCCACACGUUAGCCGCGGAGGCUCUCACCAUGAAGAAGAGCUGCGUCGCUAGUGGACAGGCCUAUUUCAUCAAUGAUGGACUUUCAGUGAACCUCUUUGUGUGGUUAACACCUCUCUUUGAGAGAUUGGGCUACAGCCGGCCGUUGAUAAACCUGCCUGUUUCUCUUGUCUAUUCGGCAGCCAUCCUGGUGGAGUAUUUGCACAUAUUCUUGAGACCUGUGAUUGAGGUGCCUCUCUUGUUCACCAGAAGUGAAGUGAGGAACAUAGCGGUAAGCCACACCUUCAAGAUAGACAAGGCCCGUAGAGAGCUUGGGUACUGUCCCAAAUCGUACAACCUGGCGGAUUGUGUGGAGCAGUACCUCAAAUCCCGCCAGGCUCGCUGCGGUUCUGUCGGCGUCCACUGGACCCCCGGGCUGCACAGGCCCCAUGUGGUACUGCUGUUGCUGAUGGUGGCUUUGGCCCCGCUGCUAGUCUUGUUGAGCUGCAUGCUGUGUAAGGAGCACGCUGGCUGACUCGUAACAUUGUACAAUCUGGAGACAGCCAUUGCUUGAAGGUGACUGUUGAACGUGCAUGUUUGUAAGUGUGCUCACCGAAUGUACACACAAUAAAAUUUGUCAUCGGUGGCCACA